AUGCCGGUUCUAGCUCUCUUGGGAGCUUUUGGAAGCUCAAUUCCUUUACCCUUGGCUUCUUUAGAGAUUCUUGAAGAGGAGUUGAGGAGGAUCAGAGAAGAGGAUAAAUUGGAUGCGAUUUUGUACCAAUUCAGGAAGAUUGGUGAAGAACUUAACGAAGAUGGGAUUGCAAAGGUACGUGGUGGUGGUGAUAGUGGAGGUGGUGGUGGUGGUGGUAAUGGUGGGCUUCUCAUGAAGGAAACUGCUCCUAAUUCAGACAAGGCGGUAAAACAAGGCGGUGAAAAACCUGCUGGAGAUGAAAAGCAAGAUGUUCCUGCUGGUGAUGAUGGAGAAGCUCCUGCUGAUGAUGAUGAUGAUGAUGGAGAAGCUCCUGAUGCUGAUGAAGGGAGAGAAGCUCCUGCUGACGCUAAAGGGAAAGAUUUUUCUAAUGCUAAGAAGUCAAAUAAUGGUGAAACAGCUAAAAAUUAA